AUGCAACGCAUCGCACAUCAAAAGGAUCAAGAGUGCGCCUACGCCAACGCUCGAAUGGCCGCCAUCGCAGUCGCUCUUCAGGGGAAAUACGGCCUCAUCCGCUCUCAUGACUCUCUCGAGCUCAUUUAUAUUCUGACAGCAGAUUGUCUGCUUAAUCCUGGUGCCAAACGGCUCACUGCGUUUGACAUUCACAUCUCCGCUGUCGUUUACAGCGCCAUGCCACGCCCGGGCAUGUUCCAAAUCUCGCAUACCUACCGCAACUUUAUCGCGUACGACCUUGUCGCGCUCUUUUCGUCUCCGUCGACGUUCCCUGCUGGCUCUUCGCCCAACGUCAUCUCACCUCCCUCCCACUGGCUCACCGCGCUUCAAACGCUCGAAAAGCGCGCUGCAGAACCUGGUCGAGGCGGGCAUGAAUCGCUCAUCAGCAUAUUUGCAGACGAUACGGCCAUCAACGCUCUCGUCCGUUCGUCAAUCGCAAUGAACCCAACGUCGCCGAUGACGCCCUCAGCAGCCCACUACGCUUGCUCACCGCGCGUCAGUAGCUUUGCACUCAUGCACAGCCCCAUGGAUCGCCGGCUAUCGACCCACUAA